AUGCUGACCACUCCGAUGACGACGACUAAACAAUACGGUAUAGAAACCGAUGAUGUUUUCAUACAUGAAACAUUUCAACAGUCGCCUUCUGAUGGUUUCGUUGGAUCACUGCCUCCUCCUCCUCCUCCUCCACCACCACCACCACCGCCACCAAUACCAUCUAUAUUUAAUAAUAACAUGAAUAAUAAUUGUAAAAUAUUACUUCCACAUCAAGAAGUUAAUCUUGUUGUUAAUCAUGCAAAUAUAACUGAAAUUCAAGCACGUUCAAUUCCAUCAAUGCUUAUAUCAAGUAAUAAUAUAUGGACACGAUGUGUUUUACCAAAUCUUCGUAUAAAACAAAGUAUAUUCGAUCAACAUUUUGGUGAUUCAAAAUCUCUUAUCAUAGAUCGUUAUAGACGUUCAAGUUCAUCAACAAGUUAUAUAGGAGGAGGAGGAGGAGGAAUAAAUCUUAAUGAUGAUGGACCAUUAUCAUUUGUUUUACUUGAUACAACAUCAAAAAUGCUUUAUGAUGUACCAAUGCGUCAUUUACUUCAAUUAGUUAAAAAAGAUUAUGAUGAUGAUGCUAGUAUUGAUCAUGUUAUUCGAGCUAUUGAUGAAACACAUAUGAAAUCAGAAUGGCUUGAUGCAGUAACAGCUUUAAAUAAACAAUUUGAUAAACAUCCAGAAGAUAAAGCUCGAGUAUUAGCACAUAAUGGUUCAACACAUGGUCUUGUACUUAUAGAACAAUUUUUUGUUAAACUUGUUCGUGUACCAGCAUAUGAAUUUAAAUUAAUUUAUUUAAAAUUUUGUGAAGAAGCACCAACACAACUUGAACGUAUGAAUAAACAUAUUAAUGAUCUACUUGAAUCAAUUGAAAUAAUAUUAAAUAAUGAACAAUUACCUGGUAUACUUCAUUUACUUUGUUUACUUUAUAAUAGUAUAACAAAUAAAAAAAUUCCUGGUAUUCAUUUUGAUUCUUUAUUAUCUGUAUUAUCAACACGUACAUUAAAACAAAAUACAACAAUAGCACAUUUAUUAUGUCAUUUAUUAGAAGAACAAUAUUCAACAUUAUUAAAUAUAUUUAAUAAUUCAAUAUUAUUAAAAUUAAAAGAUUUAUCAUUAAUUAAAUAUAUACCUAUUUAUAUUGAUAUAAAUUUAUUAUAUAAACGUUAUAAACAAUUAAAUAUAUCAUUAAAUAAUUAUGAACAAAAAUUUAUUUAUUUACCUGAACAUAUUAAAAUAACACUUAAUAAUUUAGAAAUUUUAUUUACAAAAUUAUUUAAUUAUGAAAAUCAAAUAAAACAAGGUGAAAAAAAUUUAUCAAAUUAUUUUUGUGUUUAUGAUUUAUCACUUGAAUUAUGUUUAACUACACUUGGACAAUUUAUUGAUAAACUUCAUCUUGCUCAUAUACAAAAUAUUGAACAACAUCGUCGUAAUCAAUUAUUAUUAUUGAAACAACAACGUAAUAUUCAAACACCAAUACGUUCAUUACAUAAUACAUUUAAUUCAUAUUGUUCAGAUACAAAUAUUUUUCGUGAUCAUUUAAAUGUUCCAUUAACAACACCUAUAAAUACACGUCAACGUUUGAAAAUUAAUCGAACAUCACGUGAUCGUUAUUUAUCUUCACGAGAUAUUUCUUAUGAUGAACAAAUAAUACAAAAUUUAUUACCAGAUUCUAUACCAAGAAAACGUGGUCAUUCUCCAACAGCUAAAACUGUUCUUACUAAACGACCAUUUAAUGUUCUUGGAUUAUCUACAACAAAUAAACAAAAAGAAGAAAUAGACGAAGUUUUCAUUUCAUCAACAUCAGAUAAUAAACAUGAAGAAACAAAUAUGGAUUGUUCAAUAAAUGAAUCAGCUAUUGUACCAACAACAAAUAUGAUAUCAAUUGAUGAAAAUCAAAUAUCAUCUAACUUAACAAUAUCAAAUCGAUCUUUAAUUGAUUCUACAAAUGAUCAAUCAAUACCAAUAAAUGAUUCUAUUCUAUCAAUUAAAUAUGAAAAUGAUGUACCAAUGAAAAUUCAUCAAUAUGAACAACUCGAAUAUUUAAAUAAUAUUGAAAAUGAUAUUAAUAAAGAAAAUAAUUUAUUAUUAUCAUCAACACAAAAUUCAACAGAAUCAUCUUCAUUACCAAAUAUCAUCGAUGAUACUAAUCAACAAUUAUCGUCUAUUAAUAAUUCUCACAGUGAAAUUCAUAAUACAUCUGCAAUGCGAAUUUUAUCAACUCAUUCGAAAAAACUCAAUAAAAGUUCUAAAAGAACUUCAAAUAUUAUCGAAAUUGAUGAAUUAAAUCAGCAAAAUUGUCUAAAAGAACUAAAUUGUGACAAUAUUAUGUAUAAUAAUAAACAAACAUUUUCAUCUAAUGAACAAGUAACAAAUCUAAACAAAUCUACAAAUAAUUCAAGUGAUCAACAGAAAACAAAUAAAUCAAGAAAAUCUAUAUCAUCUGUGGAAAAUCAAGGAUCGAUAUCGACAAAUAAUAUUUUCAAUCGAAAUAUUCAACGUUGUGCUGUAUCUCGAAGAAUUUCAAGUGAAAAAGAUGCCGAAGAAUCUAAUACAAUAUCUUCAACAUCAACAAUACAAUCACAAAUGUCAAUAACAAAUCGUCGAAUAUCUUCUUUUAAAACAAAAACAACCAAUCAUAAUGUUCAUUCCGUAACAAAUGUAUCUUCUUUUGCUCGACCAUUACGUGCAUUUCAUAUGUCUUCUAUAACUACUAAUGGAUCGUUUUCAUCAUCAAAAAAUAUUAAAAAAUUAUCUUCGACUUCACAACAUCAUCAUUUAACAACAAUGCAAAAAACAUUUUCUAGUAGAACAAUAUUAGGUACUGUUCUACCAUUAUCUACUUUAGUUAAAACUCAAAAAAACAAUUGA